UAUACGCCUACUUUUUCAUUCUUAUCCAACUACUCAUUUUACUGAUUGAGAAAUAAUGUUUUCUCUUUCUGAUGAGUCCAAUAUUAGUAUCUUCUUCUGCUUCUACAUUAUAAUGUUCAUUGUGACAAUGAAUUUGUGGAGAAUUCUGAAGAUUAAGGGAAAGCUUGUUGAACUAAAUGCAUUCCCAUGUGCUUCUUCAUUCAUCUGGUUCCAUUUCUUUGGACUGAUAUGCCCAUUGGUGGAUUUCAUCAUUGUUGGAACCAUUGGUACCUUCUUCUCCAGCAUAAAAUCAUGUUUCAUUGUCUACAUCCCUACCAUAGUCUCUCUAUUGUAUCAUGACACUAUGGCUGACUGGAUGGUUCCACUCAUCUUGAUCUACUCAACAACUCUAUCUUAUGAGAUUCCCGAAAUAUUCGAUUUUCGAUACUUCAACAUUUGCAGAGACAAAAUGAUAUGGCUAACAAUGUUGAUAUACGGUUGUUUAUUCAAUUCAUUCAACCCCUGGGACAUUGUCACAAUCCGUCGGAUUCAUCAUGAAAAUGGUCACAUUUCUACGUCCUUCAACAUCAUUGAUGCAUUUGUUGUUGCACUUUCUAUUUUCUUCAUUUGUCUCCAUGGUUACCGAAUGUCAUUUCGAAUUGCAUUCAAAGACAACAGAUUUCACCUUACCUUGCUUUUUGUGAUGAUAAAAUUGGCGUUCCUACUGACGAAUGCAUGCUUCAUCCCUGCCAUUGACGAACGUAACAUAACAAUGGAAUCCAUUAAUCCGUCAUCCUCUCCAGUGAAAACAGCAUUUUCUCUGGACAAUCUGAAACUCUAUGAAUCAGUAGUUCAAAGUGUUAUUCCAGUUCACUAUCUUGCAUGGAAACACGUGUUCUUCAGGAAAAUCUGAAUUGAUUUUUCAUAAUCUAUAACAAACCUCUCAUAACUAUUUUUUGCAACAUUGGAGACAAUCAACCAACUGUUUCAUGUAGCGUGCUAUAUUUUCAGCAUAAAAAUUUUCAUUUUGGAACUUACCCAUUUUUCCACCCACUCUCUUUCUUUGAGUAAGUUGCUUCAACUUUCUGACGCACUUAGUUACCUUUCCUUCACACAAAGUAGCACUAUUUCAAUUUUCUAGGGAGAAUUUCCCGCACUCUGUCCUUGGCCGUCAUUAUCAGAAACCCUGGUCCAUAGUUUCUGUUUUGGUUGCAUUUCAUCAUCUCUCAUAGUUUUUUGAACAAAAACUGCUAAUCAAAUCGUACAUUGUUCUUUAAAAUAUUUUUAAAAAUUGAAACCAAGAUGAUUUUAUUUGAAAAUUGAUUUAAAUAAAUUGAACGUUUUUUCAUUGGCUUCUCAUUCUUCUAGCAUCAAAAGUAACAGUUCUCAUAUGUCUGAUUUUCGAUCUUUUCCUGGAAAA